AUGUUGUCAGCUAAACGAAUACCGAAUGACUCCCGACCGCGAGAACCAUCACCCGCCGACCUCGCUAUGGUUAACGAACUACAACCAAUGCUGGCUACGAACGCUACGAACGAAAUGUCGAUGUCAACCGACAAGAAGAAUACGUUCUUUCAUAUGCUGAAAGAGUUUCAUAUUGUGAAGAAUGCAGCCGCCAACAAUUCGCCAUGUCAGUCGAAGGAAAGUGAUGUGGACAACCCCCCACAAAAUCCAUCGAACCCUCUUCUGUUCUCUGGCACCCCAAACUCAUCGCUAGCUCAAUCGGGCCCGCCGUCAACAAUGGAUGUGCACAGAUCGAAUAUGAUCUCACAUUUGUCUGCUUCGUCCAUAGCCUCAAUGGAACGAUAUGAUACGGGCACGUUUGAGGCAUCAGACGAGGAACUGAGAGAAAAAAGCGAUGAUAGCGAUGAAAAGUUAUUAUGUGGAUUUGGCAGCUGCACUCCUCCAUGGCUGCAACGGUUCCACAAUGCGAAAUGGUUGCUCCUAAUGCUUGGCAUCUGCGCUUUUAUCCAGAGUUUCGUAGUAAAUGCAAUUUUCCCCGUAGGAUUAUCAACGUUGGAGAAAAGAUUCAAAAUGACCAGUACACACACAGGAAUAAUUUCUAGUUGGUAUGACUUUGCCGUAUUGCUUGUCGUGUUCCCCGUAUGUCAUUGGGGUAAUAGCGGACAUAAGGGACGUUGGAUCGGCUGGGGUGGAAUCGUAAUGGCGCUCGGCUCAUUGAUUUGUGCUCUACCGCACUGGCUCAUCAGCCCCUAUAAACCUGAACAUUCCGAGUUCAACUCAACUGAUUUCGGACAAUGUACCCUCAGAGAACUCGAACAACAAACGUGUGAACGACAAGCGUUCACCUCAUACCUGAACCCCUAUUUUUUGCUGUUCAUACUCGGUCAAACAUUGCACGGAGUCGGAUCCACACCACUGUUCUCGAUUGGGACCACCUUCAUCGAUGAAAAUGUCUCACAAAAAGCAUCACCAGUGUACUUAGCAAUCCAUGCUGUCCUGACCUCUUUUGGACCCGUCAUUGGAGUAUUUGUCGGAGGAUUCUUGUUGAACAUCUACGAUGACUUUGACAGAGUGGAUCACCCUCCAAUUGCCCGCUCGGAUCCUCGUUGGAUCGGAGCUUGGUGGGUUGGCUUCUUGGCCUCGUCGAUUUCCGCACUAAUCAUUGCUUUCCCAAUACUCGCUUUUGCACGAGAACUUCCAGAAGCCAAACGACAUAGGGCUAAGGACGUAAUCCAGGUGCACGCCAUCAACGCGGACGUCAACGAGAAAGCUCCAAAAGAGGCUAAGAAACUACCGGUGGUAAUCAUGAAAAUUUGCCGAAAUCCAACUUUUGUGGUUUGUAUAGUGAUCGGUAUAUUCGAAUCGAUUAUCAUUAAUGGAUUCGCAGCUUUUAUGCCAAAGAUUCUGGAAACCCUACUUAGUACUACGCCUAUUCUGGCUUCGUAUCUCUCGUCUGUCGUCAUUUUUGCUGCAGCUGCUGGUGUGAUGGUAGGAGGAAUGGUGAUUCGAAAACUUAAAUUACAAGUGGGCGGAAUGCUAAAAAUGAUCGUAUGCUGUCAUGUAAUUGCGCUCAUCUUCACCACCGGUUUACUCGUUCAUUGUCCUCAGAGAAGUUUUAUUGGAAUUAACACGGAUUACAAUGAUAUAAAUAUUCACAAUAAUAUCGAUUAUAACGUGGAUGCCGCGUGUAAUAUGGACUGCUACUGUAAGGAUGAUUUCAAUCCAGUAUGCGAAAAAGACACCGGCCGAAUGUAUUUCUCUCCUUGUUAUGCUGGAUGUACGCACAAAAAAGACAAAAAUGGGAAGACUGAGUGGUCGGAAUGUAGCUGCCUACGGGAAAAUUUCACCAGUAAUCCGGAAAUUCGACACUCGGACGUCCUCCUACAAGGAUACUGUAAUAUCGACUGUGGUUAUAGCGUCUACGUUCUGAUGAUUACUUUAUUCAUUACAGUAGUUGCAAGUUUCGCGUCAGGAAUUCCCACUCAACAGAUUAUGCUCCGAGUUGUACCGUUCGAUCAACGAACGCUAGCUUUAGGAAUAAAUUGGACAUUCCUGAGGUUACUAGGCUUUAUCCCUGGAGGAAUUCUUUUUGGCAUGAUGAUCGAUAUUGCAUGUUUGGAAUGGGAGCAGAAUUGCGGUCGACAGCAGAGUUGUCGAGUAUAUGAUCCAAUGAAAUUGAGCUGGACAAUUACUGCCGUAGCGAUCGUCUGCAAACUUUUAUCGAUUUUGGCGACCAUUAUUGGUUAUAUGACCUAUCGUCCAACUGAUCUCGACAACGGUAUGUCUAUAAAAUCGGUAGACUCACAUGGUGCCCUUCAAUUAGUGGUUAACGACGAUAGACCACCUGAAGAAUAUGGAUCUAAGAAAAAUAAACCUGUGAACUGA